UGAUGCGUUACCAUGGACACAAACAGGAAGUGCGAUUGCUGCUUCCUCUUGGUGAUCAGCUUAUCUCCGCUGAUUGCGGUGGUGAUGUCAUCGUGUGGGACGUCCAGGGAGGCGACAUUUACCUGCAGCUACAGUUUGACCCCGCCUCCUUUGAUGUGUCAGCCAUGAUGCACCCCAGCACCUACCUGAACAAGGUGCUGCUGGGAAGCUCCCAAGGUGCACUGCAGCUCUGGAACAUCAAGACCAGUAAGCUUCUGUUCACGUUCCCCGGCUGGUCAGCAGGUGUCACGGUUCUGCAGCAGAGUCCUGCUGUGGACGUGGUUGGUGUCGGCAUGGUGACCGGUCGCAUUGUCCUUCACAACAUCCGAUUGGACGAGACACUCAUGAGCUUCACACAAGACUGGGGACCAAUCAGCUCGCUCGCUUUCAGAACAGACGGGCCUCCCAUCAUGGCGUCUGGCAGCCCUCAGGGCCACAUUGCAUUCUGGGAUCUGGAGCGCCGUCAGCUUGUCACUCAACAAAGACACGCCCACAGCACAGCCAUCGCCGCGGCGACCUUCCUGCACGGCGAGCCCCUGUUGGUCACUAACGGAGGAGACAACGCCAUCAAGGUGUGGAUAUUUGACCAGGAGGGGGGCGGAGCCAGGUUGUUGAGGAGUCGGCAAGGUCACAGCGCCCCGCCCACCACCCUCCGUCACCAUGGAAAUGAUGGAAAAAACAUCCUCAGCGCUGGUCAGGACGGGACGCUGCAGUCCUUCUCCACCGUCCACGAACGCUUCAACAAGAGCCUCGGACACGGCUCUGUGAACAAGAAGAAGGAGCAGAAGAAGAAGAAGGGUCUGUCGUACGAGGAGUUGCGUCUUCCCGCCAUCACGGCGUUUUCUUCUGCGACCGCUCGUCAGUCAGACUGGGACGGCAUCGCAGCCUGCCAUCGUGGUCGCUUAGCAACAACAACCUGGAAUUACCAGCGGUGCACCAUGGGAGCUCACCAUCUGCAGCCGCCGGACACGCCCAGGAGCACCAUCGCUACGGCGGUCAGCAUCACUUCCUGUGGAAACUUCGCCGUGGUCGGCUCGUCCUGUGGGCGCGUCGAUGCCUACAACCUGCAGUCCGGUCUGCACCGGGGUUGCUAUGGUGACGAUGAGAAAGCUCACAGCGGGACAGUGCGAGGAGUCGCCACGGAUACCUUGAACCAGCUGACGUUAACAGCAGGCUCUGAUUGGCUGCUGAAGUUCUGGCGCUUCAAGAGCAGGAAACAGGAAGUGCAGCUGAAGCUAAGUGCAGCGCCAGCUAGCAUGAUGCUCCACAGGGACAGCGGGAUGUUAGCGUUAGCGCUGGAUGACUUCACGCUGCAGGUGGUCGACAUUGAAACCAGACGGGUUGUCAGGAAGUUUGCGGGUCACCACGGCAACAUCAAUGACAUGACGUUCAGUCCUGACGGACGCUGGCUGGUUACCGUGGCGAUGGACUGCACCAUCCGGACCUGGGACCUCCCCUCUGGAAGCCUCGUGGACUGUUUCCUGGUUGCCAUGGCACCAGUGGGCGUGUCCUUGUCCCCGACUGGAGACUUCCUGGCGACGGCUCACGUUGACAGUCUGGGCGUGUUUCUCUGGACCAAUAAGAGUCUGUGUGGUCCUGUUGGGCUCCGCCCCCUCCCAGCUGACUACCAACCAGCCGUUGAGACGCUGCCGGGGGUGAUGGCAGAUCAGUCUGAAGAGGAAGUGACAUCACAGGAGAUGGACGAUGAGUACAAAUCAGCUGAGCAGUUAGGGGCGGAGCUCGUGACGCUCUCUCUGCUGCCGGAGUCUCGGUGGAAGAGUCUGCUGCACCUGGACCUCAUCAAGAGGAGGAACAAACCUGUAGCGCCCCCUGCUGCUCCGCCUGCUGCUCCGUUCUUCCUGCCGACUCUUCCUGGUCUCACACCUCGCUUUGUGUCACCCAUGGCAACAGAACAAGAAGGACAGUCGAAGGUGUUGGAUUGGGGCGUGUUGGCUCAGAGGUCAGAGGUCAGCUGUGCUCUGGAGUCGUCUCUUCAGUCCGGAUGCUUUGAUCGCCCACUGAGGCUCCUGAAGGAUUGUGGGCCGGCGGCGCUCUCCGUUGAGCUCUCCUGUCUGACAUCAGAGGGGGGCGGAGUCAGCAGUCUGCUGCUGGCCUUUAUAAACAUGAUUGACAGAAUGCUGGCGAGUGGGCGGGACUUUGACCUGGCUCACGCUUAUCUGGCGCUCUUCCUGAAGCUCCAUCUUCGCUCCUUGUCUCAGGACCCCGUCGCCAUGGAAGCGUUGCUUCGCCUCUCCUCACGGCUGGAGGCAGGGUGGGCGGAGCUACAGGCCUCAUUUAACCAAUCACUGUGUUUACUGUCAUACACCAAGAGUGCACUGCUGUAACACACACACACACACACACACACACACACACAAACACACAGGUUUGUUUUUGUAUUAAAGUUGUUUCUCUGA